AUGGCUAGUGGCUGUUCUGCAUUGCAGUGGCCACCUUAUGCUCGGUCCUGGUGGAGGAGCUGGAGGUUAAACAGGUGUGAAGAGAGUCUUGCUCUUCUGCUGGUACGGCUGAUCUUGGCCUGCUGGAAUAUCCUUGAUCCAGAGUGUUUAAUAUGUGGAAAGAAGAUAGUCACAGAUGAUGCAAUUUUUAAUUUUGGCUCUAUAAAACCAGAUGAAACCAAGAGCAAGGAGAUUGAAAGAAUUAUAGCCAAGGGUAUGAGCAAGAAUUUUCUUCAUUCGGGUCAAUCGGAUCCAUAUAAGAGUACCUUGAAUAUCAUAUAUGCUGAAUAUCAAACUGGUACGCAGUAUAACACUGCAGAAAAGGACAGUGUUUUAUCUGUCUUCGACACAGAAGGUAGUUUACUUCAGAUGGCUGAGAAAACAACCGGAGGCCUGCAGGAUGUCCCCGGCUCUUCUCCUGAUGAAAAUGAAUUUCCUUUCGGAUAUCCCACUAACAUUUGUGAAGAUGUGCCUGAUCAGAAGUACCUGUGCAGCAACUGCAAUAACAUUCUGAAGAAAGCCCUGCAGACGCUCUGUGGGCAUAGGUACUGCUCAGCCUGCCUCUCCUGGAUUGUACGAAACAAUAAAAAUGCAAUUUGCCAGAAAUGUAAAGAGGAAGAUCCCAGCACUUUAAGUGAGGGAAGCCUAUUGGCAGAAGAAAGGGCUUUUGGUGAUGCUGCCAUUAAUAAAGAGAUUUCUGAACUCAAAGUACACUGUGUGACCCUUGGAUGCAGUUGGUCUGGUAUCAUGAAAAAUUUUGAAGAGCAUCAGAGCUUAUGUGAAUAUGCUUUAAUCCCUUGUCACACCGGUUGUGGACACAUGGUGAUGAGAAAGAAACUUGCAGAUCAUUUGGAAAAUGGAUGUGUUAAUAACGUGACAACGUGUCAGAAGUGUAAGCGGAGCUUAUCCAGUAGUGAAUACCAAGGAAGCAAAGAAAAGAUAAAGGAGCAUGAAAAAAGUGCAGUUGGGGCCCACAUGCUGCUUCUGCUGCAGCACAUAAAGCAACUGAAGGCAAGCUUGUGCACUGCUGCCAAAGCUGCAAAUGGUUCCAUCCCAUCGUCAGAGCUGAACGUGAAUGGUGCAGGAAAAAGCAUCUCUGAUCUGCAGAUCCCAGGGGGGCUGGACGUCAAUGGGGAUCUGGAAGUAGACUGUUUUCCUGGAUCUUCUGUUUCUGAAGAUGAAUCUGUUCUGCAACAGCUUGUGAGGGAGAAGGUGAUUUCUGAGCUAGAAAAUAAGCUACAUGUGUUCGAGAAUAUUGUGGCAGUGCUCAACAAAGAGGUGGAGACCUCUAACUUGGAAAUCACAGCCUUUCGGAGACAGAGUGAACUUGAUCAGAAUAUAAUACGAGGUCUCGAACUGAAGAUUGCAGAGUUGCACCGGUGCCUGACGCAGAAGGAUGCAGGCCUGAGCAGUCUUCAUAAGAGUCUUCUGUUCUCCGAGCAAGCUUCCUAUGAUGGGGUCUUUCUGUGGAAAAUAACAGAUGUUGGCAGGAAGUUACAAGACUCUGUGACUGGAAGAACAGUCAGUUUGUAUUCACCAGCUUUCUACACUGCAAAGUAUGGCUACAAGGUCUGUCUGAGGGUUUAUCUGAACGGGGAUGGGACAGGAAAAGGAACCCACAUGUCCUUAUUCUUUGUUGUCAUGAGAGGAGACUAUGAUGCUCUGCUCCCGUGGCCUUUCAGACACAAGGUUACAUUUAUGUUGCUUGACCAAAAUAAUAGGGAACAUAUUAUCGAUGCAUUUCGGCCAGACUUGACUUCUGCUUCAUUUCAGAGACCAGUGAAUGAUAUGAAUGUCGCAAGUGGCUGUCCCAUGUUCCUCCCUUUGUCCAAACUACAGUCACCUAAAUACGCCUAUGUGAAAGAAGACACACUUUUCCUUAAAUGCAUUAUAGAAACAAAUUAG